AUGGUGAAGGUGGCUAAGAGGUCGGGCCACCUUCAGGGCCCGUACGUCAAGACCCUGAAGGAGGCCGCGGCGAGCAUCAGGGCGGCACUCACCGUGAUCGCGGAGAGGAUGGGCACCGAAGCCCCUUCUCUCAGCAAGGAGAACACCGCCCUGAGGGGAAAGGUGGAGUCUCUCAAGUCGCAGAUAGGCGAAUUGAGGGACACCAUCUCCCUCAUGGGUCGGGCGACCGUGGGGACGUCGGGGGAUGGGGACGCCUGGAACGGGGGGGGAGAGCCAGCGGGUGGCUACCUCCCCCGUCCUGCGCGUCAAGGGGAGGAGGCUGGUGACUCCGCCGAGGAGUCCGGCAACGGUGGAGGUAGGCCUCCGGACGGAGGCCAUCCCGCAGAAGGGAGGAGGUCCUUCCGCCGAAGGGGAGGACCGCCUGGUCGCCAUGGAGGCCAGAAUUAUGGCCUCCAUGGGGACCAUGGUCUCACGGAUCGUCGCGGAGGCGGUGGCGCCCCUGGCGGACGAACUGGCCUCCCGCCUGGAGAAGGUGUCGAGGGGUCGGGGGUGAAGAUCACCCGACCCGUGAAGAAGGUGGAGUUGCGCGUCCGACGGCUGGAAGACGCGGCAACGGAGGAGUCGGUGUCACGAGCGGUCGCAGCCGCAGGAGGCUGCGACCCCCGAGACGUCGAGAUAGGGACGAUCCAGAGGUCCUCGGACGGUCUGGGGACCUCCUGGAUCAGGCUUCCUGCGCAGGCCGGCGAAAAGGUCGCCGACCUGGGCAGGAUCAGGGUAGGCUGGGCCUGGGCACCGAUAAGCGUACUGGAGCCCAGGCCCCUGAUGUGUUACAGGUGUCUGGCGAAGGGACACGUGCAAGCGACGUGCCCCAGUCGAGAAGACCGCCGAGACCUGUGCUACAGGUGUGGCGCGGCGGGUCAUCGAGCGCGAGGAUGCGUCGCUGACCCGAAGUGCCCCCUGUGCACGGGUCUCGGCAGGAGGGCGGACCACAGGCUGGGUAGCGCGGCCUGUGCUCCGCCCUCCAAGGGAGGGAGUAGUGGGGUCCAGAGGGGUGCGGAGAUGAGGGCCCAGGGAGGAGCGCGGCCGACGGAGGCCGCUCCCCGCCCGCAAAGUGUCACCUCUCCGGCUCCCAGUCAGGCGGCCCCGUCGGCGGGCGCGGCGCUGGAGCCGACGCCGGCCAAUGGGGACAAAGGAGGGCCGGCUCCUCCGCGGGAGGAGGAGCCGAAGCCCCGGCGGGCGACCCGUUCGAUGGGGAGGAAGAAGGCGGAGGAAAAGGACGAUGAAGACGAGAGGGGCCUGGAGGAGCCGGCCAUGGACGUGGAGUAA